GCUCUUUGUGUCUGUGUUGAAAGGGAUUAAUGGGUGAGGGAAUUAGAGGUGUGGCCACAGUGAUGUUGUGCUUGGUGGUGUUGUUGUUGCUGCAGCAACCAGAGGUGGGCAGCGCCGCCAUUCACACGGUCGGAGAUGACCUUGGAUGGACCUUUAAUGUCUCCUCUUGGCCAAAUGGAAAGACCUUCCAAGCUGGCGAUGUUCUUGCAUUCAACUACACACCAUCAGUGCACAAUGUGGUGGUGGUGGACAAAGUGGGCUACAAUUGGUGCUUGAUUAACCCCAUAAGAGCCACAGUUCAUCGUUCAGGAAAGGAUGAAAUCAAGCUUUUGAAAGGGAUGAACUACUUGAUCUGCAGCCUCCCAGGGCACUGCCAAAUGGGCAUGAAGCUUUCCAUUUCAGCUGAUUGAUCAUUCAAAAGGGUUUAAUCUCAAACAUCAUCAAUCAAUAAUAAUUACACUCUCUUCAUGUCUUUUUGUUUCAUGUCUUGUCCAAUUUUAUGUCUUUUUAUUCACAACUACAUGUUGUUAUACACGUGUGUGAUGGAGUUAUGAAAUAAAUCUGACCCAGUUACG